UAGUAAGACGAUCAAGAGAUUGAAUACAAGUCUACGAGCAGACGUUUUUCCCGGUGCGCGGAUACUUAAAUAUUGUCACCUUUUUAUGCACCCAAAUAAAGUGGUGUGAUCAUCCUUUUCAAUUGCCACUCUUUAAUCGUCAUGUCGACGGAGGAGAAAACCAUGGAUUCCACCAUCCAGGAGGAAAAGGGCAAUACGCCUGCAACACCAGUCGAAGCUGCAGCGCCUUCGCAACCCGUACAAAUUUCAGCCCCCAAAGCAUCAAGCCCAGCGCCAAGUACAGCUAGCUCCACUGGUCGCCCUCCGUACAUCCCGCAAUUCUCGGCAGCGACGCAGAUGAUCUUGAAGCGGAUAAAUUCCAAGCCAGGAAGUCUGUCGUCGGCCCUCUCAUCCGCAUCAUCCACCGUGACCAAGACGAGCAUUGAAAAGUCGACGUACGAGGACGCUAAGAGACGCCUCGUCAUGAACAUGAACACAUCACUAACCAUGUCAAUGCCCAUGCCCAUGCCCAAACAGUCAUCCUCGUAUUCGAGCAAACAGAAAUUCUCAACCGCAACCACCAUGCGCAUGCCCAUGAACGACGCCUUCCAGCUGCGCACGCCUGCUCCGGCCAAGACCCCGACGCAGGCCACAGCCAAGUCGGCACCGUCAGCACCAGCAUCAUCGACUCCGGCGCAAAAGCCGCUGCCCGCGAAACUUAAGAGCAAAGCGCAGCGCGGUACAAAACGCAAGCGCGGCAAGGACGACAACGACGAAGACGGGACCUCAAGCCUAAGCGAGCUCUCCUCAAGCGAAGGCUCAGGUCCCACCCCCACCGCCUCCGCGUCCGCACGGGAAGCGCAAUCCGUCCUCACCAUGACAAAAUCCGGACGCCAAGUACAGAAACCCUCGCAAUACAACCCAUCCGCGCAAUCCGCACGCGACGCGGCGCAGAAGCGCAAAGCAUACGGCAAACAGCGGACGUUUGAGCAGGCGUUAUGCAAGGUAUGCACGCGCGGACUGAGCCUAGCGGCGAAUCAGGUGGUUUUCUGCGACGGGUGUAAUUGCUGCUGGCACCAGAUGUGCCACGACCCGUAUAUCGACGACGACUUCGUUAGCAACGAGGCGCGCUCGUGGUUCUGCCGCGGGUGCGUGGCGAAGCGGGAGAGACACCUUGCGCGCAAGAAGAGUUUAGAUGGGUUUAAGGGGGUUGGAUGGGCGGGAAAGAGUGGAGAGCAGAAGCGAUCGUAUCUCUCCGGCGUCCCCCACGCCCAGCUCGUCAACAUCAUCAUGUACAGCACGGAACUACACCCCGACCUCCCGAUCUUCCCAGCCAACGAACCUAAGCGUGGCGGCACCCAAGCGGGCCGCCCGUCUUCGUACGAUAGCGCGCGCGUGAAGACGGACUCGAACAUCAACGUCGGUCCCACCCACUACUCCAGCAAGGUAUCGACGCCAGACUCGCACUCCGUAACCGUAAAGAGCAGCACUACGAAAGGAAGCACGGCCGAGAGCCAAGCCCAGGCGACCAGAGAAUCAUCGACCGAGUCCGUACCCGCAGCCUGGCCUAAAGUCGGGCAAGGAUGUCUGGUGGGGUUAGAGAUGGAUGAGGAUGAUCUAAAGGACGAUAACGACUACGAGGCCUUUAGCGUCACGUCGUACGAUGCGAAGGGCAAGAAGAUCAUGGAGAAUGGGAUGGCUGUAUGAAGUCAUCUAUGAUGGCGCGUUGCUGUAAUAUAGGCGAGCAUUGAAGCCCGCGAUUCGGAAUGACGAAUUCAAGAAGGAUCGCAAAAUACCCUAGUUGUCGAAGGGUGCAAGGCUAUUGUAAGUUCGUGGAAUGGAGUGUGUAUAUUGUACAGAGGCUGUCAAUAACGAUCAAUUACU